UCGGGAAGACGUGAUGGGUGGCUUUGGAAUUCCAACACCCCCUCCCCAACAGCCCAUCAUGAAUGCCUAUGGUUAUCCCCAAUCAGCAGCCACUACCUCACCCUUCUCCGUCCUGCCGAAUGUGGCGUACAGUGCACCUUAUUCGCCGCACAAAAAGCAAGUUCCUCGUGCAGCCUUGCCUGCUCAAUGGCUCGAAUCCGACAAUCGUGGUGAGAGCCGGUCUCUGUCCCCCCCGAAUUCGCUUCCCUCCUCCGGUUCGGCGGCUGCUUUGGGCGCCGCUGAUUUCGAUCUUUCCAGUAAUGGUGGAUCUCCACCACGCAUGAAUGGCGUGUCUCAGCCCGGAAUGCCUCCAACGCCCAUGGUACAAACACCGAAUGGUAUUCUAGCCAAUGGAGAUGAAGACAUCAUUCCAACGGCCAUCGUCAUCAAGAACAUUCCUUUUAACGUAAAGCGUGAGACUCUACUUGAUAUCAUCGCGUCGCUCAAUAUCCCGACACCGUACGCUUUCAACUACCAUCUUGAUGCUCUCGGGGCAUUUCGAGGGCUCGCCUUUGCAAACUUUCGGCAGGCUGCCGACGCUGAUGCUGUUGUCGCUGCCCUCAACGGAUUUGAUGUCCAAGGGAGAAAGCUGCGCGUCGAGUACAAGAAAGUGCUGCAGGCUGGCGAGAAAGAGCGCAUCGAACGCGAGAAGGCGUUGCGUCGCAUGCGCAGCAUGGGAUUCGAUAGACCAAGCCCCCAGUCGGCCAUUCCACCAAUGCCUACCGGAGUUAGUCCUGUCUCGCCAUGGGGUAGCCCCGAUGGUGCCGAUCUUCUUGGAAAUAUGUCCGGGGCUCCUGCUCCUGUCAGUCUGAUGGGCGGCCUCGGAAACGGUGUCUACACGCCUCAGGUGAGCUUACCGCAGCUGCAGCUCCCAACGAAUACCGUGCACAGCAGCGGUAUCAUGUCGUCCGUCAGUCCCCCACCGGUUUCUUCUGCUACUUCCAACAAAAACGAGAUUGAUAUGAAUGACCCUACGACCCUCGACAUCUACUCGCGUAUCCUGCUGUUCAAAGAUGACCGGAUGCGGGAUGAGCUGGCCUUCUCUCGCACACUCACCCCCAAACAGCGUCGCACUGUGCAUCUCAUUGCCCAGAAGCUCGGAGUAUACCACUAUUCCGUCGGAGAAGGCGACGAUAGAUAUGCUGUAGUAACGCGCGAACCCCCGGAAGGCCGCACGCCGGUCCGACACUCAGCAACUCUUUCCCGUGCAACGUCUCAGAAUCUUCUUUCCCCUGGAGAUUCGACUACUCCGACGAUGGCCUCCCUCCGUCUGAAAAAGUCGAUGCCGACGUUGCGAUCGUCUACCCUGAGCAGUUCGCCCUUUGCACCUUCUUUUCUGGCCGCACCUGGUCUAUCCGCGUCUGCUACGCCAACGUUAUCUAUGAGGCGCAGUAACUCUAACCUUCACGCUGCCCACAAUAAUUCUCAAGCCGGCCAUUUUGCGACCAUUUCAACGUCGACUCCUCCACGCACCCGCGGAUCAGACAUUGGCGCUCUGUUCGGAAAUCCGAUUCUGCCUCCCGUACCUGUACCUCCCGUUCCUGCCCUCCCCACAGGUCUGGGUGGCGGGAAUGAUGUGCUGGGGACCAACCCAUCGUCGAUCAGCACGGCUUCAUCUAGCAACGGCGCUUCCAGUGUUGUACGACAACCUCGUGGGCCGUCCGCAGCGGGAGGAAGUGGAUUUCUGGGACGGAGCCGAGGUGCUGCAGAUAACUCUCAGUCUCAAAACAACAUCGGAAGCAUGAACGGUGGACUGGAGGCGACCACUCACCAGCCCCUCGAGAUCUGAAGACAACAUCACCUGAACGUGUGCACGGAUCCUGUACCCUUCUUGCACAUACUCUCAAGCAGUGUCGGUCGCAUUCAUUAAAGUCACCUAUCCCCGUUGCUCCCAACUGUACAUUUGGAUCUCUUUAUAAGUCUCCCAUGGUGUUGCACCCUUGAUACCCGGUCAAAAUUCGAACAACCUCUGAUGAAGAAACGAUCCCGAAUGAGACAUGACAUGCAUGCCACAUCUGUUCCAAACUCCUUUCGUGUCCCAAAAUAAUGCUCAACCAGCCAUGCUUCCUCACCAU